AUGACCACACGCCCAGACCUCUUAAAUCCAAUCUAUGCCCUCCUGAAAGCCCUCGCAAACCCAUCCCCAACAAGUCCCAAAGAUCUCCUCUCAACCUUCACAACACUCCCAAAACCCCUGGUCCACGAACACGGUCUCCCGCAACUAGUCCCCUUUCUAGGCCGUCCAUUCACUGGCCAAGAUGGAAUAGAAACUUACUUUAAGCUUAUCUCCACCCUGCUGUCUAUCAAGAACAUGGUCUUCGAGCCCGAGGAGAACUGGGUGGUUGAUGCGAGCUGUAUGGCUGUUUCAUUAUGCGGGUCGGCCACGUUCGUCUGGAAAGAGACGCAACAGGCGUGGGAUGAGACGUUCGUUUAUCGUAUUAAGCUUACUGUUGAUAGUGGGUCUGCGGAGGGCAGGUUGGCGGUUUGCGAGUAUCAGGUUUGGGCGGACACGGGCGCGGCUUAUCUUGCUAGGCUUGGGAGGUUGGGGAAUUUAUCUGGGUCUCAGGGUAGUGGUGAUGGUCUUGAGGGGAUUUAG